AUGACAUCUGCCCAUUCGCCAUUCACGCAUCAGACCACCUUUGCCUGGCGCUGCCUGACCUCAAGCGUCUCGACGCUCCUCAACCUUUUCCUCGCCAUGGCUCCCGAGCGCGGCACCUAUGCGGCAUAUUGCGAAGAUGCCAACGAGGACACUGGCAGCUCCGUCGAGGGUACCAGAAACUAUGCCCUCCACGACGAGAUGCCCCCGCCCAAGAACCGUCCCAAUGUUGGCACUAGGAUAAUGACCGGCUCCUCCAAACGCGCCAGCUUGAACGAAUCCGACACGGUCCGCUCCUCCGCCAAGGGCCACAGAGAUUCAGAUGCCCGCCGCGACAGGCCUCGCCCUGCCGACCCUCGCCGCUCUUCCCAGCAGUACGACGACAGUGAUCGCGAGCGCGAACACCAACGCAUUCGACAGGAGAGAAAGAUCCGCGAGUCCGACGCCCGCCGCUCUCACGGCCACUCCCCCAAGGAAUCUUCCAAGAAAACGAGGCCAACCGUCCAGCACGGUCCUCCUCUGCCUAUUCCACGCGGUGUCGCCGAUGAGUUCCCGCGCUACGCCUAUCAGCAGCCCGCCGUUUCCUCUUCUCGCCCUCGCCCAGCUUCCAGGUCCGCCACAUACUAUGAUGGACAGCCCUACCCUCCACCUCCGCCCGCCGGCAUGGUCUGGCAUCAUCCUCCUUUCCCACCUGGUCACUUCCCUCCUGGCCCUCUUGUCCAUCCUGGCCAUCCUGGCCACCCUGGUCAUCCCAUGCACUUUCCACCUCCCAUGCAUGACAUGCCUCCUCGGGGUAUGCCUCCGCCCUCGCCUAUGGGCAUGGCCCCCCCUGGCUACUUUGUCGGUCCUCCGCAUCCCGGCUAUAGCGACCACCUCAAGGCUAGGUUCGAAGCAAGACCUCCCUCCGCCAUGGGCGCUUUGGGUGGCCCUGAGCGCGUCCCUCCUGGCUAUAGCCCGGAUGAGUACGGUGAUGAGACGGCCGCUCACGUCAUGCGUCGUCCCUCGCGUCCAUCCAGAGGUGAAGACCGUAGGAUGAUGCCGCCUCCUGAACGCAUGCCCCAGCGCGCCAUGUCGGCUGCUCCUCAGCACAGCGGCCCCUACCGUCCACCCCCUGGCCGUCCUCAGGUAAGCCAGCAGCCUCGCCGCCCAUCCGUCAACAGGCACUCGGUCAGCUUUGGCGAUGACGACUACGACGACUAUGAGGCCAGCAAUGAGCUAUUCCAGGACUUGUCUCCGGAGCCCUCUUAUCGCCAGCGGCGCUACGCGGAACCGGCACGGCCAAGGCGUGGCUCUCGCGUCUACGAAAGCGUCGACAUCAUCCCAGCUGGUCGCCGCAACCGCAAAGUCCCGGCCUAUGGUGACGUAGCCUACAGUGGCCCCCCUCGCGCCGCCGCCAAAUACGAAACACGGUACGCAGAUGCCAAGAUUCAGGAUGCUCAAGAUUAUCAGGAUGCCGUCACUGGGCCCAAGACGCCACUCACCACCGAGAUGCUGCAAAAGGCAACUCGAGGUAACACUGGCAGUCAGUCCACGCGCAGUAGCGGCAGCCGCGAUGAUAGUGAGUAUCGUCGCAGCUACACCACGGGCAUCACACGCUCAUCAUCCGGAAACGGCACAGAAGAAGUUACCAUUAAAUUUGGCGAGGCCGAACUGAAAUUCCGAGGCGGAGCAGACUUUACCUUUAAUUCUCGACCCCAGCCGCCGCAGAUUCGAUCUGGUAGUGACAAGUCCAGCACUGUCUAUCAGCUCGAGGAUGGCCGCGAGCAAGAGCGAGAGCCACCACGUAUGACUACUCUUCCCCAUCGGACUCGUGCACCAAGCCACUCGGAAUACCGACCUCGUGGAUACCCGUCUGGAACUUACUCGCCCUAUGAGCACUAUGCCGAACCAGGCAGCUACAUCUAA